AUUCUUGUCAGUCUAAAACCGACCGUGCGACUCGCCACAAUCUAUUUGAGUAAGCGAUAACGAGUCCUCCAUCCCAAUGUUUUUACUGUCGCUAAUCGGAUUCUGUGUCAUCCUUUACUACGUACUACAAUUCUGCAUAUUCUACUACUUGGACUCGGACUUUGAACUGUACCUGCUAUCAAAAUUGGGGAAGCCUAUAAGUUCCCUCAAAGGGAAAGUGGUUUGGAUUACCGGUGCAUCCAGUGGAAUUGGUCGAGACCUUGCGCUGAUCUUGGCAAAAUAUGGCGUUCGGUUGUGUCUGUCAUCCCGCAGAGUAGCCGAUUUGAUGAAAGUGAAACAAGAGUGCUUAACAGCUUCAAGCGGCAGCUUGCAAUCCAAGGACAUUUUCGUGAUGCAAAUGGAUAUGCUGGAAAUUGACGACCAUGGAAAGUACUUUGAUAAGGUGAUCGACCACUUCAAAACGCUGGACGUCUUGGUCAAUAACGCGGGCCGGUCACAACGCGCCGAAUGGAAUACCAUUCAGCUUAAAGUAGACCGGGAACUGUUCGAGCUGGACGUGUUUGCCGUGGUUAAUCUGUCCCGGUUGGCUUUGAACUACUUCAUCAAGAACGCUGUCAAAGGUCACAUCGCCGUUACGAGCAGCAUUACAGGACUCGUAGCUUUUCCCAACUCGGCAACCUACACGGCAGCGAAACAUGCUUUACACGGAUAUUUCGAAACCUUACAAACUGAAGCACUCGGAGUGAAUGUCACCAUUUUCUGUCCAGGACCAACAGCUACCAAUUUUCUGCAGGAAUGUUUCACUAAUACUCCGGGAGAGAAAUUCAACAAACCAGUCGGUGCGGACGAUAAACGGCUGACCAGCGAAAGAUGCGCCGAGCUUUAUGCAAUCGCUCUAGCCAAUCAGACACCCUUCAGUUGGGCAGGAACCCGUCCGAUGAACUUUAUUUUCUACAUUGGUUGUUACUAUCCCAAUGUUAGGCGAUUUUUGAUCAAAGUACUGGGUAUUGCUAACAUCGAUAACCUGCGGAACGGACGUCCGUUAGGAGCAAACUGAGAGUAUUGUCGAUUGAUGCUAAUUUUGUGUGUUUGAGUUAUCUAAACAAAUCAAACAAUGAGAUAAACAACAAAGUCGAACAAAAAAUGUACAGCAUCGAAGAUUUUAUCUUGUCAAUUCCAUUGAAAUCUAUUUGAUAUUAACAAACUUGCGGAAAUAUUAUUUUUGGAUCGUUUCGAAAAUCAGAGCGUGUUUUAGUACGACACAAUCUUUAAAUACUAAUCAAUGUCGAAAGACCAUACCCUACGGUUUUUAUAGAUGGAUUUAUUAAAAAAGUUGAGGAUGGUUUCAAAGACACGACCCCAUUGCAUUGGUUGACGAAUAACUAUGUAAAUUAAUCAGUUAUCUACGUGCUGGUCUGGAUAAGGGCCGUCUUUAUUGUUUUUGUGAACUUCACUUUACUGCAGCAUUUUGAACUCAGAACAGCUCCAGCCGGAGCCGCAGAAGGCAAUACGCAACAGCAUGAUAUACAUUUACGUAGGUGAAAAUACUGCACUUUUACUUUCUGCUUCCAUACGUAUCCGUGAGAACUUGAUUGUUUUCUUCCCAAAUUCACAACAUGAUAACACCGUUUUAUUCCACUGGUUACCAAUACGAAAUGUGAUUUUUCAUAAUCCGUAUUACAUACGGAAUAAAACCUCUGCGAAACUGGAAAAAUGACAUAACUUGAAAAAAAGGCAGAGCCACUUACAAUAAGGGUCUAAAAUAAAACUCGCACCUUGAACUUUACAUUUCGAGUAAGACAUAGGUGAUAAAAUUCCGUUCAGUGAUAGUAACAUACUAUGCAAUUGAAGAGGGCACAUUUUCAUUACACUUUGCACAGU